AUGACCUCCACUCGGAACAAGUUCCUCCUGGCGCUUGUGGCCCUCGUGCUGCUCGCCACCUACGCUGCUGCGGUGAAGGGCGACUGCACUGUCGAGAACUGCGCGACGUGCCUUGAAGAGGACGCCACCAAGUGCGCGGAGUGCAAACCUGGCUACAAGCGGACCGACGCAGGCACUUGCGAGGAGAUCUCCUGCGAUGUCCCGAACUGCGCGAUGUGCCUUGAAGAGGACGCCACCCAGUGCGCGGAGUGCAAACCUGGCUACAAGCCGACCGACGCAAGCACGUGCGAAGCGAUCUCCUGCGAUGUCCCGAACUGCGCGACGUGCGCUGCUGGGAGCACCACCCAGUGCGCGGAGUGCAAACCUGGCUACAAGCCGACCGACGCAAGCACGUGCGAAGCGAUCUCCUGCGAUGUCCCGAACUGCGCGACGUGCGCUGCUGGGAGCACCACCCAGUGCGCGGAGUGCAAACCUGGCUACAAGCCGACCGACGCAAGCACGUGCGAAGCGAUCUCCUGCGAUGUCCCGAACUGCGCGAUGUGCCUUGAAGAGGACGCCACCAAGUGCAAGGACUGCAACGCCGGCUACAAGUGA